AUGGCUCUGUAUUCAGAACCCCCGCCGCUGCGUCUGUAUAGCCAGGAUAAGCCGACAUUGUUGGUGUGCUGGUGGAUCACCAUGUUCUGCGCCAUAAUCAUCACGCUCCGGGUCGUAGGGCGGUUCAUCCGGACCGAGAAGCUUUUUAGGGAGGAUAAGACGGCGGCCCUGGCGCUCGUGCCUCUGUUCCUGCGCAUGGGCGUCGUCCAUGUCGUUCUAACCUACGGCACCAACAACGCCCAGUUACAGGACGCCGGGCUUUCGGACGACCAACUCCACAAAAGGUCCAUCGCCAGCGGCCUGGUUCUGCUGAGCAGGAUCUUCUACGCCGCCACGUUAUGGGUGCUGAAGUACGCCAUCGUCGAGUUCUUCCGACGGCUCAACGUCACCUGGAGACGGACGUACGAGCUGUCCUUGUUGUUCAUCCGCGGUUUCCUCAUUGUCACCUUCCUCGCCGUGGUGAUCAGCGACCUGGCCGAAUGCCGGCCUUUCUCCCAUCACUGGCAGGUCCUCCCCGAUCCGGGGGGACAAUGCCGUCAGGGGUAUGCGCAGCUCCUGACCAUGGCCGUCUGCAAUAUCACGACCGACCUGAUGCUCGUCGUCUUUCCCGUCCCCGUCAUCCUGAGCAGCGCCAUGACCGCAAAGCGCAAGCUCCAGCUCGUGCUCCUCUUCUCCCUCAGCCUCGCGCCCGUCGUCGUCACCAUCUACCGAGUCCCAAAGAUCCUCAGACACCACGGGAGCCAGCAGACCCGCUCCCUCUACGCCUCCAUCGAGCUGCUCUUCGCCACCGCCGCGGCGAACGCCCUCGUGCUGGGCUCCUUCGUCCGAGACCGGGGCGUGAAGAAGCGGCGGUUCAAGUACGACUCCAUCGCGGGCGCCUCCGUCGACCGCUCGACCGCAUCCGAGCACCGCCGCCCGACCAUGCUCCGACACUGGGGCAGCGACGAGGACCUCGUGAGGGACCUGGGCCUCGGUGUGAAGCCCGAGCUGCGAGAGACCCAGUCGUCGCUGGCCGAGAACCGCCUGUACGUCCCCGCCCCGCCCGUCCACGCGCACCACGACAUGACCGCCUGGCGGUUUCCGGCGGGGCGCCACGACCGGCCGGACUCCUCCCCCCGACGGAGCGACGACGACCACCACGCCGACAGCAAGUCCACGACGCGCAGCGACUCGAUCGCCACGCACCGCCGCGUGUCCUUCUUCGAUUACGGCGGCCUCCUCGACGACCAGACCUCCUCGCCGACGACCAACUCGCGAGAAGAGAGCUCUUCCCGAGAUCCAACCCGCAAGUUCGGCUCCGCUUCCGGCUCUGGCUCUGGCUCUGCUUCCGGUUCCGGCUCCGGCUCCGACUCAUCGCCGACCCGGGUGCCUGAGCCGGCCGUGCCCGCGAGCGGGAACGGGUUCCUGAGGGGCUCGGCCGCGCUGCUCCAGGACCUCGGAGGGUUCUGGGGACCGGCCGGAUCGAGGAGCGCCAGGACGCCGAAACAGGGGACUAAGGGCGGAGGAAGCAGCAGCCGCCCUUCGCCGACCGAGCAAGCUUCGACCGAGGGGUCGAUGUCGCCGCAGCAGCGGGAUGGGCUCCCGAGUUGGGAUGAACAGCAGCCGCAGCUGAUGGAUGUUGGUGGGCUGCUUGAUCCGCCUGGUGGGCAACAACACUAA